CCACUGGAUACCUCGCAUGGCCGAGCAUGCAGCUUGGAGUACACAAAACGAAAGCGAAAAGAAAUUCAUACGGAUUGUGGAGCGCGGAUGAGGAGCGCCUGAAUAUAGCUCUGGAAUACAGAAUUUUUCCCUACAGAAAAUCAUGACGAAAUCGCAACAGAAUCAAGAAUCCAACAGCGGCGAAACUGCCGACCUGGAAGACCUUCGUUCCCAAUGGACCCAUCUUUACCACGAUUUCCUCCCAUCAAUGGCCAAGUCAAAGGAUCCCGCGCAACCGCAUUGGCCUGUUCAGCUGGACCACUGUUUCGCGCGAAUCGUCCUAGAUAAUGUCAUUGGAAAAGGUUCUCAACCAUGGACCGACGUGCUGGGCAAGCCUGCUGUCAGGAACAUGUCUUCGGGGCAACUACGUGAGGUCAUUGCGCUGGCUGAGAAAAUCGCUGAUGGGAAGGUUGAUUUGGUUGAGCUUGAUGAGGCGAGUUUAAGCGCGAGAGGGAAGGCGUCGAAGACGAAGCGGAAACGUGGCGAGUCGGAUGGAGAGAAAGGCGGCUCAUAUAAGAAGAGCCGGCCGAGUCAAGAUGUACCGGUUGAGGAUGGUGGGCAGGCUUCUCGAGAGGUCAAGUCUCAGGAUUUUGCAGAAGCGAAGCAUAAAGGUUCUUCCAUCAAGCAGGAGCAGAGGCCGCAGCUUUCUGGUAGGAGAGCGAAUGGCACAGUCUCGUCUUAUUUCCAACCUGCAUCCGCCUCGUCGACAUCUGAGAUGCCAGAUCAGUCGAAUGGCGGAACAACUCACGAGACCGAGCUUUCAGACCAGGACACGCCAAUAUCGCUCCCGUCAUUCCUCUCUACACGAUCCACCAGUCACGAUACUCCAGCCGAGACAUUUCUACCCAAGAUAGCCGCCGACAAAACUCUGACCCCUUUCCGAAAACAGACGCUGUCCUUACUCUGCGGUGUCCCACGUGGGCGAUGGACGACUUAUGGAGCAAUGAGCAAUUACAUCAACGACAUUCGGCGCCACGAGCGUGAAGCUUCCACCACCAACGAAAAGACUGACGAAGAUAGGAAGAGCGGCGACGACAAGAACCGGACGCGUCGAAACCCCACCAAUCCCGCGGCCGUCGCACAGUCAGUCGCCAAGAUGACUUGUGCACGAGCAGUGGGAAACGCAAUGCGAAAUAAUCCUUUCGCGCCUGGCGUUCCUUGUCAUCGAGUACUCGCGGGAGAUGGGAGUUUGGGUGGUUUUGGAGGGGAAUGGGGCGAGGAAGGGAAAUUUGCCGGUGAGAAGAGAAGGUUAUUGCGAGAGGAAGGGGUGCGGUUUGAUGGAAAGGGACGUGCUACUGGAGAGCCUUGGAAAGGGUGGACGGAGGGCUUUGCGAUGGUGUAGGAUUAGAAUUCAUGUGGACAGGCAAUAAUUGUGUAACGUGCUUCGAUCUUUGUGCGGAUAUAUGCGACGUUGGGACGCGGGCCAGUAACGAGUGGCGUGUUCUGUGAUUUCUUUCGCAAGCAUCGUCAUAAGUAUCAUGUCAUCAUCGUCAUGGGUUUUCU